AUGUUUAACUUACUAAAGGGUAAGAAAAGCGUGACUGAUGUUGACGGAAUUCCGCCUGAGUUGAGGUCUCUGUUCACCGAGUUCAAAGUGAUCGGGGGCGGCACAUACGGCACCGUGUAUAAAGCCUGCAAGAAAGACGGACAUUACGUGGCCCUGAAGAAAAUCAAGUUGGCACCCAAAGACGAGAUUGUGAGCAUGUCACUGCCCGCCACAGCCAUGCGGGAAAUACUCAUUCUGAGGGAGCUGGCCAGCCACCAAAACGUCGUCGCACUGCGGCACGUUUACUUCAAACCUGCCACACUCUCGUUGUGGCUUUGGUUUGACAACUGCCCGCUAGACUUACGGGUACUCAUCAAGAACAUCUAUAAGGCUUCCUCCAUAAUCAAAGACGCCGCACCAGGACUCGCGAGUGGGUUGGUCAAGCGGUUUGCUUGGCACUUAUUUUGCGGUAUGGAGUUUGCCCACAAGCUGAACAUUUUGCACCGGGAUCUGAAGCCUCAGAACAUCUUAUUGAAUGACUGUACGGACCACCGCGGUGGCCCGGGUGAGCUAGGCGGGGCUUCCGGACGGCGAGUGCGACUCUACGGCGACGGCGAGGGGUCGAGGGCCGAAGGGUCGCGUAGCUCCGAGGAUGUGCUGGAUGACGCAUUGGUUACUGCGUUGAGUCACAUGGUUGACCACAAUGGCGCGAUGAUAGGUCCUACUUGCAUCGAUGUAUUGCGGAAGGGCAGUUCAAUUACGGCCCAGGUGGCGGACUUUGGACUGGCUCGGUCGCAGAAAUUGCAAAGUAAGGUGCUUACCAGGGAGGUGGUCACCCUGUGGUACCGCGCGCCCGAACUGUUGCUGGGCUGUGAGACAUACAGCUCGGGCAUCGACAUGUGGUCCCUCGGUUGCAUCUUGGCGGAAAUGAUGUCGGGCAAGCCGCUGUUUGCGGGCGAUUCUGAGGUAGACACGCUCUUCCGCAUUUUCAAGCUGCUCGGCACCCCCGCCUCACCCCAUGACUUCGGACUGGACCGACUCAUAUACUUCCAAACCACCUUCCCCAAGUGGGACGUUCAAAACGCCCGCCAGGCCAUCACUCGAGCAGUCUACCUCCAACGCGAUCCCAACCCCCUCUUUGUGGACCUCGUCGCCAGGUGCCUCACUUACAACCCCGACCUCCGCAUAUCCUGCACCGAAGCCCUGCAACACCCAUUUUUCAACUAG